GCGAAGAACUUAAAUCAUGGCUUUGAUAUUUCAAUUCCAAAUUCUGCCUCCUCAGAGUACUUAAACAGACUAUUUCCCAGCAACUGAAGGAACGUAUGCAACCAUGUCCGGACAAAAAGGCACCGCGUCCACGCGGCUGCUGUCAAUGAAAUUUAUGCAACGUGCGGCAGCAACUGAAGCUAAUACAUCGACGCCUUCGACACCCAAUGGUCCUCCAACCAAGCGAAUUCGGCUCUCCAACUCCAAUUCUGCUACUCCAAUUUCAGAGCUGUCCGACCAGCAACGACUAGAAAAGACCCGUGCUGAAGAGGAGCUCCAGAGAAAUGCUAUCAUCGAAAGGCUAGCUGCGGAGGCUGGCGAGACACGUUGGGUGUUGAACGUCAAAGAGCCUGCUGUAGAGACCAGACCAUUUACCGUCGUUCAGACAGGAUUUGCGGAUCUAGACUCAGCCGAGAAUGAUGACCAAGGCAGUGAAGACAGCGAGGAAGGAGAAGAAUCAACAGUUAGAUUUGUAAAGGGAAGGAUGGUCUUUGGUCAGAUCAAACAGGCAGAGCGAGAAUCAGCAGAAAACAAGGGGCCCGAGUCGGAAACAGGCUCUUCGAACAGUGAUAGCGAUGAGUCGCAAGCUUCGGAUCACGAACAAGACACGACAUACCAAGCUCAACGCAAAGCAAUCGCUGCCAGAAAGCUAGCCAAGAUGAAUCCCAAACAGCAGGAGAGAGAGCGCCUGGCGGCUUUGAGACGGAAAAGGGAGAUUAAUCUUAAUAUGCCCCAUUCAGAUAAGGAGGUCAACUUAUCCAAACUUACAUCUAUUUCCGGUGGAGCCGUGACAAAACCAAGGAGCGGCUCGAGUUAUAGGCCUCAUCCAUCUCGUAAACAUUGAUGGCGCAAUAUUCUGAUCUGAUUAUUUAUGUCUCAAGUUUAAUGAUUUCUAUAUACCUUACCCUUCAAAUACUUAUAAAAGGCGUCCGGAUACCGUAGACCAGCAGGAUGAGCCAUUAUAUGGUCUGUGGUAGAGUGGAAGAACGCGAAGAGUAAACACAUAUCUAUAAUUGCAAAGAAAAUCGGACUAUAGACCCGUCGAAAAGGUAAGAAAAUGGAGAGAAAUGAAAUGCGCCACUUUCAUACUUCAUUUCAAUUCAAGCCUAUGUUUGACAGCAGCGUCAUAUGAUAUACAACAUUGAAGAGUUAGAAAUGCUCACCUCCGUUUCUUGGAAUUCACAUUUCUUCCUGCU